CGUGUGUGUGCGGUGUGUGCUUUUCAUACAGUGUUUUCAUCGUGAUCAUUCUUUUCAUUUGUUGACAAAUUUAAAAAUUAUUUAUAAAUUAUUAUUAUCAAAAUGUCUCUGUUAGACAAGCGGAAAGGCGAUGAUAUUCUCGCCCUGGUUCCAGCAUCAAAAAAGACAAAAACUGAAGUUGUUUUUAGCAGUAGGGAGAAAGCUGUCAUCCAAAGUGGCCCACCGAGAACAUCAAGUUUAGCUUCACCAAUUAUGAUUCUUGAGGGUCAUCAGGGUGAUAUUUUUUCUCUAGAAUUCCAUCCGGAAGGACAAUAUCUUGCCUCGACGGGAUUUGAUCGUCAAAUUUAUAUCUGGAAUGUUUACGGAGAAUGUGAAAAUGUAUCAGCAAUGUCAGGACACAGUGGAGCUAUUAUGGAAAUUCAUUUUAGUCCGGAUGGCAGUCAUUUGUAUACAGCCAGUACGGACAUGACAUUAGGUUUAUGGGAUUUUGCUCAGGGAACGAGAAUUAAAAAAUUAAAGGGUCACACGUCUUUUGUAAAUUCAGUCUCUGGUGCUCGUAGAGGACUUACGCAAUUAUGUUCCGGCAGUGAUGACAGUACAAUUAGAAUUUGGGAUCCAAGAAAACGAGGACAAUGUUUCACAUUAAAUAAUACUUAUCAAGUGACGGCUGUGACUUUUAAUGACACUGCCGAACAAGUUAUUAGCGGUGGAAUCGAUAAUGACAUUAAAGUUUGGGAUUUGAGGAAAAAUGCUGUUCUUUAUAAAAUGAAAGGUCACACGGACACGAUUACUGGUCUCAGUUUAAGUCCCGAUGGUUCCUAUAUUUUAUCAAAUUCCAUGGACAAUUCACUUAGGAUUUGGGAUGUCAGACCUUUUGCUCCUUAUGAACGUUGCGUUAAAAUUCUCAGUGGUCAUCAACAUAAUUUCGAAAAGAAUUUAUUGAGAUGUGCAUGGUCCCCGGACGGAAGUAAAGUUUCCGCCGGUUCGUCUGACAGAUUUCAUUAUAUUUGGGAUACAACGAGUCGAAGAAUUCUUUAUAAACUUCCAGGUCACAAUGGAUCAGUAAAUGAUAUUGAUUUCCAUCCAAAAGAACCCAUAGUUUGCUCAGGAUCCAGUGACAAACAAAUUUAUCUCGGCGAAAUAGAAUUAUAAUUAUGUAACAAAAUUUCUGCGUCAAUAAGAUUAUUCGUUUUAUAGAAAAUUUUUCUGUAAUUUAUAAAAUGUAAUCUUUAUUAUUUACAGAUGUGCAAAGAAUGAAUGCUACUAGUUGAGAGAAAAUGACCAAUAUAAAAUUUUACACUUGGAA